AUGAAGAGGCUCAACUUUUUUCUGUUUGUGAUGCUGUUCAUCUGCAUGGCUUCACACCGCACUGUGCAGCUUGACAGCAGUUCCUUCCUCAUCUAUAACGAGGCUCACAACAAGUGCUUAAAGGUGGUGGAUCCGAACAUGGUCCAUGCUGCAAGCUGUGAUCCAUCCUCGAAUGCUCAGCGCUUCCGCUGGAUCUCAUCUUCUAGGAUUCUGAGCAUCUCCCACAAACUCUGCCUGGGAGCUCAGGAUCUUAAAGAGUGGGUCAGAGUGGUCCUGCUUCCCUGCAGUGAGCUCAGUACUCUGCAGACCUGGGAGUGCAAAAACGAGACUCUGUUUGGUCUGAAGGGACAGCCGUUGCAUCUGAAUUAUGGCAAUCGACAUGAGCCAAAUCUACUGCUGUACACUGGGGAUGGCAGUUGGAGCCGCUGGCAGCUCUACAGCACCAAGAACGACCUGUGCUCCCAUGGAUACCAGGAGAUGUUCACCAUUGGUGGAAAUGCUUUGGGUAGCCCAUGCCAGUUUCCAUUUCUAUUUAAUCAAAAGUGGUAUGCUGACUGCACCUUGGAUGGACGAUCUGAUGGAGUGCUGUGGUGCGCUACAAUUACAGACUAUGACAAGGAUAAGAAAUGGGGUUUUUGCCCUGUCAAAUCAUCAUCUGGUUGGGACACUGAUCCAGUAACGGGUGUGCUGUACCAGAGAAACCAUCAGUCAGUACUGACCUGGCAUCAGGCCCGCAAGAGCUGCCAGCAGCAGGACGCUGAUCUACUCAGUAUCAUGGAGCUGCAUGAGCACACAUAUAUUUCAGGGUUGACUAAUACACUUGGCUCAUUACUUUGGAUUGGGCUAAAUAGUCUGGAUUUUGAAAGUGGCUGGCAGUGGAGCAAUGAAAACCCUUUCAGAUUUUUGAACUGGGCUCCAGGCCAUCCUUUACUGGAGCCUGGCAUGAACUGUGCUGCAUUAAAUGCUGGAAAGGCAUCUAAAUGGGAAAGUAUGUCCUGCAGUAGUAAACUGGGCUACAUUUGCCGCAAGGGCAACUCCACUGCUAUCACACCUAUAAUUGGUAAAGAUCAGCCCACGUUCUGCCCUCUGACCUGGGUGCCGUACGCCGGUCACUGUUAUUCUCUCCAGCGCACUAAGUUGAUGUGGAAAGAUGCUCUGUCAGCCUGCCAUAAAGAAGGAGCUGAUUUGGCCAGUAUUCACAACAUAGAGGAGCACAGCUUUGUUAUAUCACAGAGCGGAUACGUGCCCACUGAUGAAUUAUGGAUAGGUCUGAAUGAUCAGAAGACACAGAACCUGUUUGAAUGGUCAGAUAGAACCCACGUCACUUUUGCCAAGUGGCUGGUGGGAGAACCUUCCCACACCACUAACCAUAGAGAGGACUGUGUUCUGAUGAGAGGAAAGGAGGGGAAGUGGGCAGAUCACAUGUGUGAGAAGGAAUAUGGCUAUCUGUGUAAGAAGAAAGCCUCCAGUAAACCCGCAGGCUCACCUGAAGUGAUCAGUCCUGGAUGUCCCACUGGUUGGAUCAGGUUUAGCUCGUAUUGUUACAGCAUUGCAGUAGAAGCUAAAAACUUCAAUGAUGCACAAACAACAUGCCAACAAAGCACAGCUUACCUAGUAAAUGUACAAGACAGGUAUGAGAAUGCAUUUUUGAUCAGCCAGAUUGGUCUACGGCCUGAAAAAUAUUUCUGGAUUGGCCUGUCCAACUCAGAACGAGCAGAAAACUUUAAAUGGACAAACAAGGAAAUAGUCAAAUUUACACACUUCAAUGUCGGAAUGCCAGGUAAGACACAAGGCUGUGUUGCCAUGUUAACUGGGACCUCAGCAGGAUUGUGGGAUGUCAUUUCAUGUGACACUAAACAGAAGUACAUUUGUAAGAAAUUAGCAGAAGGUGUUACUACAACUAAAGAACCUCCUACAACACAACCUCUCAGUUGCCCUUCCAAAUGGAUUAAAAAAGAUCCUGCCAAUUGUAUGAGGAUCUAUAGAAAAGAUAAGGAGGACAAGAAAACAUGGUUGGAGGCUCGUGAUUUUUGCAGAGCUAUUGGUGGUGAUCUAGUCAGCUUUCACUCAGAAGCGGAAAUUAACAACAUACCGUAUGGCAUGGGUAGUGAUCCAGCAUGGAUAGGCUUUAAUUCUCUGGAUGAUAACUCUGGUUUUGCAUGGACAGAUGGAACACCAUCAAACUAUGAGAACUGGGGUUAUGGGGAGCCCAAUAAUUACAAUUCUAAUGAGCAUUGUGGAGAAACUAGCUUCUUCUAUGGACGUAUGUGGAAUGACAGAGAUUGUGAAUCUUUCAGUGACUGGAUCUGUCAGAUACGGCUUGGUACAACUCCAAAACCACCUCCUACAAUUGCUCCCUCAGCACAAAUAAACAUAACUGAGGAUGGCUGGCUCCAGUUCAAUAGUAGUCAAUACUACAUUAAUAGUGAGAGUCUGUCUAUGGAAGAUGCUCGGGCAUUUUGCAAAAAGAAUCAUUCUGACCUUGUUGUAAUUACUGGCAACACUGAGAGGAAGUUUUUAUGGAAACAGAUUUCAAGAGGCACUGAGGAGCAGUACUACAUUGGAAUGACAGUGGAACUGGACAAAUCCUUUAGUUGGGUGGACGGUUCUCCAGUUGUUUAUACAGCAUGGAAUCAAAAUGAGCCAAACUUUGCCAACAAUGACGAGAACUGUGUUACCAUUUAUAAGAGUAUGGGCUUUUGGAAUGAUAUAAACUGUGGAGUACAGAUACCCUCAAUUUGUAAAAGAAGUGACAAAUUUGCCACCAGCACAUCAGCCCCUACCACUGCACCAAAGGGAGGUUGUGCACCUGAAUGGACCUCUUUUCAGGGAAAAUGUUAUAAAUUUGUAGGAAAAGAUAAUGAGAAAACAUGGCAUGAUGCUAGGCAGUACUGCAUCUCUCAAGGAGGCAACUUGGUGUCUAUUCAAAGUCAAGCAGAACAAGCAUUUCUUACCACUAAGAUGCUAAAUUCACCUACUGACAUGUGGAUUGGACUGAAUGAUGUCAACUGGGAGAUGAACUUCCUGUGGACAGAUGGGAAAAGUGUUCGGUUUACCAACUGGGCCAAAGGUCAUCCAGUGUCGGUGCCAGAUGGACGCAGAUCAUAUGGAGCAGAUGUAACCUGUUCCGAGUGGAACCUGUCCUGGAAAACCACUUUUGACUGUGUCAUCAUGGUAAAGGAUCCAGACAGGAUGACUGGCAUGUGGAAGGUUGAAGACUGCGGUCAGAAACUAGGUUUCGUGUGCAAGAGAAAAAUUGACUCUCAGAUCCAAGUUCCAGCAACAACAGUGUCACCAAGGACUUAUCUUAAACUAGGAAAUAAUUCAUAUAAGAUAAACAGUGAGAAGAUGAGCUGGGAUGAGGCCAGGAGGCAGUGUAAGGCAGACGAUGCUGACUUAGCCAGCGUGCUUGACUCCAUUACCCAGGCUCUCAUCUCUCUCAGGAUGCUCAGACUCAAAGAACCAUUGUGGAUUGGACUUAACGGCAAUAUUACAGGUGGACGAUAUCGCUGGGUGGACAACUGGUUGAUGCGCUAUGCUAAGUGGGCACGGGGCGAGCCAGCGACAAGCCGUGGCUGUGUGUUCAUUGACACAGAUGGUACAUGGAAAACAACAAAAUGCAGCAAUACCUACUAUUCUAUAUGCAAACACUCAUCAGAUAUUGCUCCCACUGAUCCUCCUCAGUUACCAGGACGAUGCCCAGAACCAAAAAAAUCCAAGACAUGGGUUCCCUUCCGUGGACACUGUUAUGUUUUCUUUGCCUCUAGGAGUGAGAACUGGGCUCAUGCUACAGUAGAGUGUAUGAGAAUGGGUGCAUCACUGGUAAGUGUGGAGGAUGCACUGGAAUCACAAUUCAUUCAACAAAAUAUUGAGAUUCUUCAUGAUGAAGCCAAAUCUUUCUGGAUAGGCAUGCAUCGCAGCCACGCAGGUGACUGGAUGUGGAUUGAUCAAACAAUUGUUGACUACACUAACUGGGCAACACGUUCACCCUCUAGCCAUGGUGACUGUGUGGAGACCAGAUCUGAUAGUGGCGUUUGGUUGAAUUCCCACUGCAGUGGCUACAAGGCCUACAUCUGUAAAACUCCCAAAGUUAUACCACCAACUGAGAAACAGCCAGAAGCUAAGCCGAGUGUGGAUAAGGCCCCCCAUGGCUACGCUGGCAUUGCUAUAGGAGUGGUGCUGGUGAUAAUUGCAGUGGCAGGACUUGCUGCCUUCCUUUUCUAUAAAAGGCCAACUAUACCAGUGGUUGGAGAAUGUACAUUCGAUAACACACUUUACUUUAACAACCCCGGUAGAUUCACCAAAAAUGUGGACACCAAGGGACUGGUUGCCAACAUUGAACAAAAUGAGCAUGCAUAACACACCCACACACACACACACACACACAAUGAAACAGAAUUUUGUUACUAACAAGUCACAAAAAGGUAAUAAAGAUGUAUACACAAGAAUUCUUCUUGCUUGUACACAAGCUGCUUCUGCUUUAAGACCAAGAUGUUGAGAAAACACUAUAAAGUAGAUGAAAUCUGACUUAUUGCUUAUAAAUAUUUUAUUUUCAUUUUGUGUCAUCACUAUGUAAA